UUUGCCGCGUAAUGUUGAGCUCAAAGUUGCCUCUCUCUUACUGAAGCUAGAACAUAUUUAUCUUGUUUCUAGUGUGGCUGUUGAUGAACUUUUGCAAGAGUUUGACUAUUUAAUAAGAACUGCUUCAUUCCCUCUUAUCCAUCAAACCAUAGCUCAGCACUUACAGAAUGUUAACUGUCAAGUAGAUAAAACUGUUCUGCAAGAGCUAGCAUCUACUCUUUGUAAGUCAAAUCCCUUUUCAGCUUCAUUUGGUGGUCAUGGCCCACUUUCCACUGCUUGGAAGCGAAAAUCGUACUACAAAAAACAUUUUGAUAUUGUAGAACCUACAGAAUAUGUACUUGACUCCCAAAACAGAACAUCUUUUCAGUAUGUCUCUAUACUAAAAUCUUUACAGCAGAUCCUAAGUUGUGAAACGUUUUUGGAAAAAGCAAUCAACUUAAAAUCUCACCAUCAAAUUCAAUCAGAUCAAAUUCAAUAUAAAUCCAUUUAUGAUGGUAUUAAUUACAAAGAAAACUUACAAUUAUCAAAGGAGUGUGCUAUAUCACUUAUAUUGUAUGUAGAUGAUUUUGAGAUCUGUAAUCCCCUCGGGACCUCCAGAAAAAAACAUCAAAUCUGUGGAGUAUAUUGGACAUUGGGGAACUUACCUGCUAGUUUCCACUCAGCGCUGUCUAAUAUAUAUUUGGCUGCGCUUAUUCGUAGUGAAGAUGUUAAGUGCUAUGGUUAUGACAGUGUACUGAAACCCUUAGUAGAUGAUCUUAUUACAUUGGAACAAGAAGGGCUGUUUAUUUCCAAAUUAGGUAAAAGCGUUAAAGGGUUUGUUCAUUGUAUAGUAGCAGACAAUCUUGGGGCACAUGGCAUUGCAGGUUUUGUAGAAAGUUUUUCAGGUAAAUAUGUUUGCAGAUUCUGUACAGCAGAAAAUGUAGAUAUUCAAACAAAAGAAGUCAAUUCAGGUGUUUUCUGUGCAAGAAGCAAGGACAAUCAUACUUCUCAUCUUAAAGCUAUUGAAGAAAAUUCAUUGUCUAGCCAUUUUGGUGUAAAGAAAAAGUGUGUGCUGUCAGAAAAUCUGUCAUAUUUUAGUGUGACACAGAGUUUCCCCCCAGAUAUUGCCCAUGAUAUAUUUGAAGGAAUUGUCCCUGUUGAGAUUGCUCUUUGUCUUAAAGUGUUAAUUUCUAAAAAAUAUUUUACACUAGCCAAUUUGAACGAAGCAAUAACAACAUUUCCAUUGAAGUGGACUGAUAAGGCAAACCGUCCGCAUGCUGUACCCCCCUCCUACGCUACAAGGAAAACAAUUGGAGGAAACGUACACGAGAAUUGGAGCCUUUUGAGAUUUCUUCCUCAUUUGGUCGGAACCAGAGUACCUUCAACUGAACCAGCAUGGCAUGUGCUCUGUGAAUUAAAGGACAUUGUAGAACUUGUUGUUGCACCUUUUCACACUGAGGACUCCAUUUCUUAUCUUGACUUCAAGAUAUCUGAACACAGGGCAGUGUUCCAAGAAGUUUUCCCCAAUGAAAGAAUUCUGCCAAAACAUCAUUAUUUAGAACAUUAUCCAUGGUUGAUACGCCAGUUUGGACCCCUUGUUGCUCUUUGGACUAUAAGAUUUGAGGCAAAACAUAGCUUCUUCAAAAGAGUAAUCCGUCAUACAAACUGUUACAAAAAUGUACUGUAUUCAUUAGCUCAAAGGCACCAAUUUCAGACUGCAUAUAAUCUGCACAUGUGCAAAUUCUCUAAGCCACCUUUGGAGGUUGCUGAUGUUUCAACACUUCCCCUUGAUGUUAUCAAUGAGGAUAUUGCACUGGCUGUGAAACAGAAGUACCCACAUAUGGACACUGUAGACUUUGCAAAAAGUGUAUCCUACAACAACUUCAACUAUAGGAUUGGAAUGGUGGUAGCCCAUGGGUCACUGUCUGGACUUUCAGAGUUUUGUGAAAUUGUUCACAUGAUUGUUCUACAAGAGACACUAAUUUUCAUUGUUAAAAAAUUGAAUGCCUGGUACCUGGAACAUUAUCGAUCUUAUGCCUUGGUCAUGUCUUCUACACAACUAAGGCUUGUUGGGGUACAUGAGCUGACAGAUCCUUACCCUCUGGCUUACUACAUGGUUGGAGGACAGCGCCUCAUCUCUCUGAAGAGAUACAUACACGCAUAAGAUUUUUGGAUGGGCAGACAUGGCAGUCAAAAGGCCAGCCAAGUUGCGGGUUAUUCUGAAUCCUGAUGACACCAGAAAGCUAAUUCUGCCUGAUGGAAUUCCAGAGUCAAUGGAGCAGCUUAUGGAUGAAGUCAAGAACGUGUGUGGGCUAAGUGGCAAUUUUAGACUGCAGUACCAAGACAGAGACUUUGGAGAUGCACUAGUUAACUUGACAUCUACUGCAGAACUUGAAGAUUUGGCAACUAUCAAGGUCAUCCCAGUAACUGAUGAGUGUAGCCAAGUUAUUACUCUCACGGUCUGUGAUGAAAUAGUGUCUUCUCAGUCAGAUGACACAGAGCUCCUGUCCACACCUUCUAGCUCUGUCUCUACAAGAACCCAGAUGUGGCCACGUGAGUUUCUUAUACCAACAUUCUCUUAUGACUCUGAGCUACAGUUAGAAAAGGGAAAUGCUGUGUUUAGGUCAAACAACACAAGGUUGACCCUGAGUUCAAAAACAAAGUCAGAUAUUUUGGAAAAGUUAGCAGAAGAGAUAUUCAAGUUCAAAGCCUACCCAACAGAUGCUGACUUCAGUGACGUCGCUGAAGCCCUAAUCAAGAAACACCCAUGCCUCUCUGAACCUGGCUCAUACAACCGCUGCUACGGGUGGAAGCAGCGACUAAAGACAAAAAUGGGCAACUACCGAACUCAGCUGAAGGGCCUUGGGUGUUCUGAAGUACUUGCAAAUUCACUAAAGUCUAAAGCGCCAGAGGAUGGAUUUGCAGCAAAAAACAUAAAGAGACCUAAGAGAGGAGAGGCCAACCACAUACCUGACAUUCCAAAUGGAGAAACCCCAGACAAAUUGGAAAAUGAGAGACUGUCCCUUUUAACUGAAGCAACAAAACGCAACAAUCGUGCAGUGAUAAAGGCCAAAAUGGACAAGACUUUUUCUCUGCGGAGACAGGACAUUUUGGCAAAGGAAUCAGAAGUGGAAGAGCUGAAGGAGAGAUGGCCUGCAUUGUUCACAAUGGAUGAGGCAAGUAACGUUUGA